AAAAUACUACCUGCUGUUUCAUUUUCUUCCUGUUCUGACUAUGGUGCUGCACAGCACUCAAUAAAGAGCUCACCACAUCCUCAUGAUUUUUUUCUUGUAUCUCCACAGCAGUGAUGGUAUAUACAUUUGUGAAAUGAGUGACUCAGAUGACGAUACCCCCCGACUUUCUGCCCACACCUUGGCAGCUCUCCAGGAAUUUUUUGCUGAGCAGAAGCAGCACUCAGACCCAAGUGAGGAUGGUAAAUAUAAUGUUGGAGUAAUAGAAGAAAACUGGCAGCUGAGCCAGUUUUGGUACAGCCGGGAAACUGCCUUGCGACUUGCACAGGAAGCAGUGACUGCUGCAGGGGACAGUGGCAGAAUAGCAUGUGUCAGUGCCCCCAGCGUUUACCAGGCACUCAGAGAGCUGCAUGGAGACCGCAUCUCUGUAUCCAUCUUUGAAUAUGACAGGAGAUUUGCCAUGUAUGGAGAGGAAUUUGUCUUCUAUGAUUACAACAAUCCACUGGAUUUUCCUGACAACAUCACUGCACAUAGUUUUGACAUUGUAAUAGCAGAUCCUCCUUACCUUUCUGAAGAAUGUCUCAGAAAGACUUCAGAAACAAUCAAAUACCUGACCCGAGGCAAGAUUCUUCUGUGCACAGGUGCCGUCAUGGAAGCGCCCGCAGCACAGCUCCUGGGAGUGAGGAUGUGUGCGUUUGUCCCCAAACACACCCGAAACCUGGCAAAUGAGUUUCGCUGUUACGUGAACUAUGAUUCUGCGCUGGAGUGUGGAACCUAAGUACAGUUUGUGAUGUAAUACAAUAAAGGGCCCUGGGUGACAGUUCCAUUUCCUUCUUUGUAUUUUCUUUUGAUUGAAAAUUUAUAAUCUUUCCUACCCACCUCCAAAUAGCCAUUUGACUUAAUUUUCUUUCCUUAUUUUUUUUUUAAAUUUUCAAAAUAAAAGGUACAGCUUAUUAUUCUUU